GGGAACGCACGUAAUAUAAGUAAGUAAAUAUUUUGAUGAUUUUGGUCCGACGAUAGAGGGAAAUUAACAACAUCGAUCAAUAUCAUUGUUUCCUUUUAUCUCUCUUACACUCAGGAAGCAAACAAUAGAUAUGGUGAGAACCCCUUCUCGUGACUCAAGUGGACUUAAGAAGGGUACUUGGACUCCAGAAGAGGAUAAAAAGUUAGUAGCUUAUGUCACUCGCUAUGGCUGUUGGAAUUGGCGCCAACUCCCACGAUAUGCAGGUCUUGAAAGGUGUGGAAAGAGUUGCAGGCUGAGGUGGCUAAAUUAUCUCAGGCCCAACAUAAAAAGAGGAAACUAUACGGCAGAAGAAGAAGAGGUUAUAAUUAGACUACAUGAAAAGCUGGGUAACAAGUGGUCUGUGAUAGCCACUCAUUUAGCCGGAAGAACAGAUAACGAAAUAAAGAACCACUGGCACACGAACCUCAAAAGCGUUUAGGAAAGGACGCAGUUGGUACCAAUGAAAAUGUGAAAGGCGCAAAAUCAAAAAGCUCAGGGUCCAAGCAAGACAAUAUGAAUGGUUUGUUUCAUACCAGUUCCCCAACAACAUUCUCGGAUUCAUAUGCUGCCACUGACCAAAAUUCGUUACUCAAAGAUGGGUUGGAGAAUAUUUGGACCGAAGCAUGUGUAGGUAACAUUGAUGGUACAGAGAGCAUUGAUAAUUGGGCAUUAUGCGAGUCUAAUGAAAAAUUGGUGGUGGAGGAUUAUGACGAGUUUUCGUUUCUAGAAGCAUUGCAGCCACUUAGUGCAAAUUUUUGGACGGAGGCGUACGCGGCGGAAAUGUCACUCAUUCCAAACGAAUUUCUUGUCCCUUCGGUGAACCAAUCCGAUCAAUACUUUUCUUCUACGUAUUAUGAUACGGACCUAUGGAGUCAAAGCAAUACACUUGAAUGAAUUUCUCUUUUGUC